AUGGUAAAUGAAUUUUCUGCAACUUAUAAUAAUUUUUAUACUCAUCGGCAAAGCGGUUGGAGUGACGAGAAUGUGUUGGAGAAUGCAUUGAAUAUGUGGAAAGCCAACAACAAAGGCAAGGAUUUUAAUUAUAUGCAUGUGUGGAGGGUUCUCAAAGAAUAUGAGAAAUAUACUCCACAAUCAAUUGCUCAUUACUCUAACAAGAAAGCAAGGACAUCCGAAUCAGGGGGAAACACUUCAACAUCAAAUCCAGAUACAAGUGUUGAUUUAGAUGACUUUGAAGUCCGCAUUCGUCCUAUAGGGCAAAAGGCAGCGAAGAGAAAGGGCAAAUCUAAAGCCAGAGAGGGUGACACAAUGGAACAUAGCAUCGACAAAGAAUGA